CGUUCAGGCUCUGCUGAAUGAGAACAAAAACACCAUCAGGGCCGUGAGCAACCGAUUGGGAUGUGCCUCGUGUGCUAGUGACAGUUCUCUGCUUACCAUUCUCUUCAUGACUGUGCUCGAGAUCCUGGAACGAUACGCGUCUGCCGCGCGAAUGCAAACUGCAUCGGGAGGAAUGAGCACAGAGAGUCACAUGAAGAAGACGACAGUUCUGGCCGGCUGCAGGACGAGCCUCAGCGGCAAAGACCAGAGGAGGAAAUUUGUCGACGAUGGACAAGAGUCUUCGAACGACAAGAUCCGAGGCAGAACGGCUGCCCAGCUGGUGCUCAGCGAACUCCACCGUGUGCAGCGUCUUAUCAACCAGCUGUCGACGAGACUCCAACAGCCAGCAGACAGGGACGGUCGGGCGAUGGACGCAGAGCUGGACCUCUGGCCCCCACAGCAGGCAGUGGCCGGAAGUAUCUAUGAUGUGACGACGACGACGGCAUUCUCGCCUGAUACAUUGGUCCAGAUGGAACGAGACGUGCGGAAAAGUCUGACUUCACUAUCCUCGGGAAUUAUUGAUGGCCUUCAGCGGGGCUAGACGGCCAAUGUUAUGAAGAUGAUGAAUUUUCUAAGAACACGGAUUUUGUUAAAUUGAAAAGAGUCUUCACGGACGGGUUUUUUAUGUUGCAUAAUAUAUCC